AUGGGCAUAACUGGUUGCGGGAAGACAACUUUCGUUAAUCUCUUCUCCGAUCGAAAGCUCGAGGUUGGACACGGACUGGACUCAUGCACAUCAUCAGUUCAAGUUGUACCGUGUACAUUCGCAAAUGGUGUCAAGGUUUAUCUGGUCGAUACCCCAGGCUUCGAUGAUACAUACCGUUCCGACUCUGAGAUCCUGCGGGAAGUCGCACAGUGGCUGAACAAGGCGCACACAGAGCAAUUGCAACUUGCUGGGAUCAUCUUUCUCCAACGGAUAUCAGACGUGCGAGUGGGUGGCAGCGGUAUCCAGAAUAUCAAAAUGUUCCAGAGGCUGUGCGGUGACGGCCCGCUCGAAAGUGUGGUAUUGGCCACUACAAUGUGGGACAUGGCGUUAGAAAAUGCAGCAAUUGAACGAGAGAAAGAGCUCAAACAACAGCCACAGCUGUGGAAACGGAUGAUAGAUCACGGCAGUUGCGUAUAUCGUCACGACAAAGGAGAAGCGUCUGCGCUGGAGAUCAUCAACUACCUAAUAAAGAGGUGGAAGCCCGUGACGCUCGAUAUACAACGUGAAAUGGUCGAUCAGAACCUCGACCUAGUCGACACGGGCGCUGGAAGUGCGCUAGCAUCAACAGUAGAUAAGCUCAUCCAACACUACGAAGGGAAGCUGGAGAAGGUAGAACAAGACCUUAUAGAGGCCCGCAACCGGAACAAUAGAGAAGACCGAGAGAUCUUGGAAGCUGCACGAAGAGAGCAUCGAGAUAUCCUCGCAAAGCAGCGACAAGAGAUGGAAAACCUACAAGUCAGCGCGUUGCAGCUUAUAGAAGAGACCAAGAAGGGCUUUGAAGAGAGCCAAAAGCGCUUCGAAGAGAGCGAGGUAUUGGCGAAGAAAAGCAUGCAACGUGCUCACGAAGAUCACACGGCAGAGCUCGAGAAGCAAAGGGUCUUGCUGCAUAAACACUUCAAAGAGAAGUACCGUCAGCAGAUGCAGGCAUGUAUCAUGAUGUAG